AAUAUUUAUACUCUUUGAUUAUACGUACGCCAAUGUUUGUCUAUUUUGGCCCUAAUGGCCGCCCAUACUCUGACACCGACGAGAAGCUGACAAAACAUGUGCAAAGCAGGAAAGUGAAUAAAAGUCAAGUUUUCGGGAAGCAUUUAUUUGUUGCAAAUGGUGGUUUAUUAAAUCAAGUCCAGCAUCAUGAGAUAUGUGAAUUGUUUGGCCAGUACGGUGGUUUGCAAAAAGUGUCGAUGGUUUCUGGGAAGUCGUACUGUUUCGUCAGUUUUACCGAGUCCGCUUUUGCGAAGGCAGCUUUAGAGAACUUGCAGGCUUAUGAAUUGCAUGAUAAGCAGGGACCAGAGAAGGUCAUCCUUUACUUGAUGUACAUUAACCAAGUUCCUGAGCAUGUAAUGAACACUCCUGACCCCAUGGCUUUACCCCCUGGUCUUGCUUUGGUCUUUGACUUUAUUGAUGAGGCAAUGGAAGAGCAACUUCUUGACAGCCUUCGGUGGGAAGCCAGUGCACAUGCAACAGAUCAAGUGUUGAAACAGCGAAGGGUACAGCACUACGGUUAUAGAUUUUGCUAUGAUACUAACAAUGUUGACCGUGCUAAUCCCUUACCUGGCGGUUUGGGCUUGUAUCAAGAUAUAGCGGACAAACUCUUGGCAGGUGGUCUAAUUAAGAGCCCUCUAGACCAGCUUACCAUCNNGGGAUGUCAUCACUGUCUCUUAUACACAUCUAGAUGUGUUGUUAUGCUAUUUACCCACCCAAGUGGUCACCAAAUACCUGUAGUUGUACCACCAAGAAGUCUGUUAAUUUUUGCAGGUGAAGCUCGUUACCUGUGGUCGCAUGGAAUUGUGUCUAGGAAAAGUGAUGUUAUACCAACCAAAGAUGUAUCAAGUGAGGGGGCUCUGACUGUUGUUCAAAGAAGAACACGUACUUCGUUUACAUAUAGAUCUGUAAAGUGGACUCCUUGUCGAUGCAAGUUCCCUGAACGAUGCGACAGCCAAGGUUAUCUAAAAACCUCUGAGAAAACUGGGGUCAACACCAAAGGCAAAACCCCUGUGAAGCUGCCGAGUUCAGAGUCAGAAGCAGCCAACCUGGAGGCCAAUCAUGUUCACACAGUGUAUGACAGCAUAGCUCCUCACUUCAGCGAAACAAGGUACAAGGCGUGGCCUCCUGUCGUUGAAUUUCUUGAAACGGUACCAGCGGGUUCAGUACUAUUGGAUGUAGGCUGUGGGAAUGGAAAAUACCUUGGAAUUAAUUCAGAAAUUUAUAAGUUUGGGUGUGACCGCAGUAGGAAUCUCAUUGGCAUAUGCCGUGAGAAGUCAUACCAAGCCUUUGUAUGUGACUCGCUUGCCCUUCCAAUCCGCAGUGAUUCUUUGGAUGUCUGUAUUUGUAUUGCUGUUCUUCAUCACUUUACCACUUUGGAAAGAAGACUACAGGGGCUUAUGGAAAUUCUGCGUGUUUUGCGACCUGGUGGUAAGGCUCUUGUUACUGUGUGGGCAAUGGAACAAGAAAAAAACAAGACGAAAUCUACAUACUUGAAAAAGGUGACAGCAGAUGCCAGACAUGGUGGUCAGUCAUAUAAAAUGGAUUUAAAGGAAUUUAAUGAAGUUUUAAAUGAUACAGAUACAAGCAAAGAUGAUAGUGAUAUGUACGGAGAGACUGCAAAAGUAGAAGAUCUAAGUAUUUCUAGUUUAAGUAUAGAACCAUCAAGAUCACAGAAAGCAUCUGCUACAUCAGAGGAUACAGUAAAUACCGAUCUUAGCGUCCACUCAAACAGAACUCAGUUCAAACAGCAAGACAUGCUCGUACCUUGGCAUUUUAAGAAGCCUGGGGAGAAAGCUACCAAUGAAAAGGACUUUCAAGUUUACCACAGAUUCUACCAUGUGUUUGUAGAAGGAGAGCUCGAAUCUUUAUGUCUACAAUGCCCUGGCAUUCAGAUUGAGAAGUGUUAUUACGUGGAAGGGAACUGGUUUAUAAUACUUAACAAAAAUCAAAAUGAUCAUACAAAAUAGAGGGCAGCAUCCAUGUCGAAACAAUUCAGAGUUGUGUGUGCACAGGCUAUAAUAUACAGUGAACCCACUUUUGCCGACAAUGGCAGAAUUUUGCAUUAUAAAACUGAAAACUAUCUGAAAAAAAAAAUGAAUUUUUCAGUUUACAUGCUGCAUAUUUCUCCGUUAGAAGAAGUGGUACAUACCACUUAAGUUCUUGACAAAAACUUAGGUAAUACAUCUUGCUGGUAUGUUGCAGGUCUUUGGGUUCUUAAAUUUAUUUAUAGCCAAUGAAGCCCAUGGGAUUACCUUUAGAAGUGUGUGAUUGUAUUUGGUUGAUUUGUUUACAUUCCGAUGGCUACAGUAUAAUGUCACCAGCCAGUCAUAUUUAGGACUCUCUUGUUAACUCCCAAUGGACAUUCUUAGAAUCAAUUAAGUUUAUGGAGCUGCUGACAGCUCCCUCUGGACCAUGAGAAAGAUCACUCACAACAAUCUGACAGCUCAAUAGACCAUUUCUGCUAAGGGGAACUUUUGCCUCAUGUACCCUAAAUUGGAAUUGUUGCACAAAGAAUUAAAUUGCAAAAAUUCAUUUGCUUGAGAACCUGAAAGACAAUGGAUCUUUCCACUAAACAUCUUUCUGGCGCUGUUCUGAUUGGUCAGUUGUUAAGUUUGAUUGACACUCCAGAAAGGUCUAUUCGAUCCUAAGUGUAAAAAUUCUCUAUAGAAAAUGAAAUUAAGAGUACAAAAAGUGAAGCUAUAUGCUAGGCUUUUCACACAGCCAGUGUUUUAGGCCAUAGAGUGGUAGUGCUAGCUAAGUCUAGGUCUGAAAUCGAGAGUCCCUACCAAAAUUAGGAGCUCUAGUUAAAAUAUAAACUAAAAAAUCAUAACUGUAGGUUUCUGCAUCAUGUUAAAAACGACAGGAAAUUAUGAAAUCCCGAAUGUAAAAGGCCGCAAAAUGUUUCAAUUGGUAAAAUUGCCAAAAUAUAGGGCUGCAAAAAUAAAAGGUUGUACAGUAUACUAAUUGCCUUAAAUCAGUCAAUCACCUUUCUUUUUUCAGUAUAUGAACCUCUCGGAGAGGGUUUUGCCCAUGUUCAUUCUGUUAUCAUUGCAGAUCAAAACAAGGUUUUUAUUGUUGAUUCAAAGACUAACCGAAAAAUAGUCAAUCGUAUCUAUGGGUUACCCAGUCUUCCAAUCUUGACUGGGAACCCAUCAGACUUUAGGUGUUAUCAUAAGAACGAUUGGAUGUCAUAAUCAGGAAUUAAUUAUAAAGCUGUCUUUCUCAUUCGCUAAGUAUAGGAAUAUGGAGUGCCUUCGUUUUCGUGUUUUUGAUCAUCCCUUAUUGGUUCGUUUAUUAUGUAUCUUUCUUUUUUGUGUUCCAGUUUGUGUUCCAAAGACGAAAUACAUGAAAUCAAACUAUA